AUUAAAAUGCAUUAUGCCAUAUAAAUAAAAUCGCGUUAAGCAAGAAGCAUUUUUUGAUUAAGCCUAAAUAAAUCACAGCCACUUUAUCUACUGGGAAUUCAAGUGAAAUAAUAUUAAUAAUUACACAACAAAAACAGCAUGGAACCUGAUAUAAUAUAUGAGCAACAUUUACAUGAGGAGCUGUUGCCUGGCGCCGAGGAAGAAGCCGAAUUUGAACGCCUGUAUGCGGCACCUGCGGAAAUUGUGGCGCUGCUUUCCAUCUUUUAUGGCGGCAUUAGCAUUCUGGCUGUCAUUGGCAACACGCUGGUGAUUUGGGUUGUUGCCACCACUCGUCAGAUGCGCACCGUUACAAAUAUGUACAUUGCAAAUCUGGCGUUUGCGGAUGUCAUCAUUGGGCUGUUCAGCAUACCAUUUCAGUUUCAGGCAGCACUGCUGCAACGCUGGAACCUGCCAUAUUUCAUGUGCGGCUUCUGUCCAUUUGUGCAGGCGCUGAGCGUGAAUGUCUCUGUUUUUACUCUGACUGCCAUUGCAAUUGAUCGCCAUCGGGCCAUAAUUAAUCCAUUGCGCGCACGUCCCACCAAGUUCAUAUCGAAAUUCAUAAUUGCGGGAAUUUGGAUACUGGCUUUUGUGUUUGCCGCACCAUUUCCAAUUGCUUUUCGUGUGGAGGAGAUAACGGACCGUUUUCGUGAAAACGAUGUCUAUUUUAAUUUGACUCGACCGUUUUGCAUGAACAAAAACCUAUCCGAUGAGCAGCUGAAGGCCUAUCGAUAUGCCUUAGUUUUUGUCCAAUAUCUGGUGCCAUUUUGCGUCAUUAGUUUUGUGUACAUACAAAUGGCCGUUCGAUUGUGGGGCACACGGGCACCUGGCAACGCGCAGGACUCGCGUGACAUUACGCUGCUCAAGAACAAGAAAAAGGUCAUUAAAAUGCUAAUUAUCGUUGUGGUUAUUUUUGGCCUGUGCUGGUUGCCGCUGCAGCUCUACAACAUAUUGUAUGUGACGAUCCCGGAAAUCAAUGACUAUCAUUUCAUUAGCAUCGUUUGGUUCUGCUGCGACUGGCUGGCCAUGAGCAAUAGCUGCUAUAAUCCCUUUAUUUAUGGCAUAUACAAUGAGAAGUUUAAGCGGGAGUUCAACAAACGCUUCUCGGCCUGUUUCUGCAAAUUCAAGACCAGCUUGGAACCACACGAACGAACAUUUUCGAUGCACACCCGUGCCAGUUCCUUGAGGUCAACCUAUGCUAAUUCAUCGAUGCGUAUACGCAACAAUUUCUUUGGUGUACGGAAUACGGGCGGAAAUGGCAAGGUUGGCUUGCAUAUUGGUCGCAAUGGCUAUCAGGCCAAUACCAAUGGCAAUGGCAGUGAUAACACCAGUUACAAUAAUAAUCACGGACACGGACAUCAGACAGUGGUGACAUUUGCUGGCAGUGCGGUCACAACCAUGCCGCCGUGGCGACGCAAUAAUUUCAAGCCGCUGCAUCCCAAUGUGGUUGAGUGCGAGGAUGAUUUGGCGCUCAUGGAGCUGCCGUCGACCAGCGAGGAUAUGCCCUCCAGUUGUGCGGGAGCGGGUGUUCAGCUGGCACUGCUGAAGGCCGAAUCGCGAGAAAAUUCGAGUUGCAUUUGUGAACAGGAAUUUGGCAGUCGCACCGAAUGCGACAGAACUUGUAUACUCAGCGAAGUAUCCCGCGUGAAGCAGCCGGCGACGAGAACAGGAAACGGAAAUGGAACUGAUUGCGGCAUUGGGGCGGAAUGCGAAACUUUGUGGCAGCCACUGUAAGAUUUGCCCAGAGAAGAGAAGGGAAAUGCUUGGGCAUUGGCUCUAAGUCUGUGAUUUCGUAAAAAUGUAUUGUGAUUACAAAAACAAUGAUGUUGAGUGUUAGAAAUGCUACAAAUUAUGUGCUCGUCGUGUGUGCGUCUCUGUGUAUGUGUAUAUAUAUCAGUGUGUACAUACUAUCCUUAGCUGCAAGCCAUGUACAGUAUUAUAAUUAUACAUAUAAAUAUAUUCAAAAUGGGUUUCAUAAAUUCCAAAUGGCCAACUAUUGCAUGUUUUCGUAUUUAAGCUUUAAUUAUAAUAA